AUGGAGAUGAAUAGCACCUACCACAGCAGCCUGGUGCUUGGCUCUCUGCUCGAGAACACCAAGGAUGGAGACUCCAACCAGACUGUCCUCCACACCCGGGAUGAAGAGCUUGCGAAGGCUGAGAUUGGAGUCUUGGCUGCUAUCUUGGUGGUGACCAUGGUGGGAAACCUGGGUGUGUUGCUGGCUAUGUACCGGCUGAGGAAGAAGAUGAGCCGCAUGCACCUUUUCAUCCUGCAUCUUGGCUUGACUGACCUUGGGGUUGCACUGUUCCAGGUACUUCCCCAAAUGAUUUGGGAGGUGACUUAUCGUUUCCAGGGCCCUGACCCUCUUUGCAGGGCUGUCAAAUAUCUGCAGGUGCUGAGCAUGUUUGCCUCCACCUACAUGCUUAUCGCCAUGACUCUGGAUCGAUACAUGGCUGUGUGUCACCCGCUGCGUACCCUACAGCAGUCCAGCUGCCAGGCUUACCUGAUGAUUGGGAUGACUUGGUUGCUCAGCUGCUUGCUCAGCUUGCCACAGAUCUUCAUCUUUUCAAUGCAGGAGGUACGCCAAGGCUCUGGGGUGCUGGAUUGCUGGGCAGAUUUCAAAUACUCUUGGGGAGCCAAGGCUUACAUCACGUGGAUCACCUUAUGUGUUUUUGUACUGCCUGUGGCCAUUCUGACCAUUUGCUACAGCCUCAUCUGCCACAAGAUCUGCAAGAACCUUCGAGGAAAGACUCAGAGUUGUGGUCCCUGUGCUGCCGCUAUUUCCCAUGCAGCCACAUCUCAGAAGGGAGCAGGGGGCCAUUCUGGUUCCCGGGUAAGCAGCGUGCGCACCAUCUCACGUGCAAAGAUCCGCACAGUGAAGAUGACCUUUGUCAUAGUCCUGGCUUACGUGGCCUGCUGGGCACCCUUCUUCGGUGUGCAGAUGUGGUCAGUGUGGGACAAGAAUGCACCAAAUGAUGAGUCCAGCAACGUGAGUUUUACCAUCACCAUGUUGCUGGGUAGCCUCAGCAGCUGCUGCAAUCCCUGGAUUUACAUGUUCUUCAGUGGACAUCUGCUUCAUGAUAUCCUACGCUAUUUUUCUUGCUGUGGGAGCCUCCAGUCCAAUCUCAAGAGGCAAUUAUCCAAUGGGAGUCUCUGCAGCCGGAAGACCACUAUAUUGAUUCACACUCCCCAGAGCACCUUGGCUGCAGCUAGCAUUGGAAUUCAGAUGCAACUGGGGAGCCUGAAAGAUUUCUACCAGCCUUAUGACAAUACAGUGACUGAAUCGGGAGUACUAUAG